GUCUCUGUUUAUAUUAUAAUAAAUAAUAGCUUAUAUAUCGAUCAUCUCUUCCGUUGUCAAAAAAAGAUUCACCAGCAGCCAUCUUCUGCUUCUCUUCUUUCGCUCGGUCACUUUCCCAUGGUUCCGCUCUCCCCAAUAUGCCCGAACUUUCGGAAUUCUUCUUUUCCUUGCCAAGGUGGAUUGGAGAGUCCCUUCGCCUCCGGAACAAUUUGGGCGAGGACGACGACGAUGAGGACAACCCCAGCUCACACUCGGUGGAGUGCUACGCUUGCACACAACUGGGCGCACCUGCCUUCCACUCUACGAGCUGCGACCGAGUCCACCCUCCCGAGUGGGAGGCCUCUGCAGGCUCGUCGUUAAUACCCAUCCAAUACCGUGCGGACAACCUAAAGCCCCGGGGGUCGGAGUCCAACCGGAGACGGACGUCGACAUGGGUGUUCGGACGUGUGCUGGACCCUCGAAGCAAGCGCGUGCACAGGUGGAACCGUGCCUUCCUGCUAGCACGAGGCAUGGCACUGGCCGUCGAUCCCCUCUUCUUCUAUGCGCUAUCCAUCGGGAGGGACGGGGCGCCUUGUCUCUACAUGGACGGAGGCCUAGCGGCCAUAGUCACUGUGCUGCGCACAGUCGUCGACGCCGUGCAUCUCUUCCAUCUCUGGCUUCAAUUCCGACUCGCCUACGUUUCGAGAGAGUCUUUGGUUAUCGGGUGCGGCAAGCUGGUGUGGGACGCGCGUUCCAUUGUUUCCCACUACGUGCGCUCCCUCAAGGGAUUCUGGUUCGACGCCUUGGUCAUUCUCCCCGUUCCCCAGACAGUUUUCUGGUUGGUGGUGCCAAAGUUGAUAAGAGAGGAGAAGAUUAAGCUGAUAAUGACAAUCCUUCUAUUGAUAUUCUUAUUCCAAUUUCUCCCAAAGGUCUACCACAGCAUCUACCUUAUGAGGAGAAUGCAAAAGGUUACAGGUUACAUCUUCGGCACCAUUUGGUGGGGUUUCGGCCUUAAUCUCAUUGCCUACUUUAUUGCUUCUCAUGUUGCAGGGGGCUGCUGGUAUGUCCUCGCCAUCCAGAGAGUAGCGCAAUGCCUUGGACAACAUUGCCAAAGAGGUAGAAAGUGUAACCUCUCUUUGUCUUGUGCCAAGGAGGUCUGCUACCGGCUUCCGCUGCCAUCGGAUAUGAUAGAGAGUCCAUGCCGGGAUAAUUCAACAACCAUUGGAGUCCCUAACUUACCAGUCUGCUUAAAUGGUGAUGGGCCAUUCCGUUUUGGGAUCUACAAGUGGGCACUUCCGGUUGUUUCUAGCAAUUCUAUUGCAGUCAAGAUCCUCUACCCCAUAUUCUGGGGCUUGAUGACACUCAGUACUUUUGGUAAUGACCUUGAACCUACGAGCCACUGGCUAGAAGUGAUAUUCAGUAUAAUCAUCGUGCUCAGUGGCUUGAUGCUCUUCACUCUUUUGAUCGGAAAUAUUCAGGUGUUUUUGCAUUCGGUCAUGGCAAAGAAGCGGAAAAUGCAGUUGAGAUGCCGAGAUAUGGAAUGGUGGAUGAAGCGGAGGCAGUUGCCUUCACGUCUGAGACACAGAGUCCGGCAUUUCGAACGACAGAGGUGGGCAGCCAUGGGAGGAGAAGAUGAAAUGGAAGUGAUUAAAGACUUACCAGAAGGACUCAGGCGGGACAUUAAACGCUAUCUUUGCUUGGAUCUCAUCAGGCAGGUGCCUUUGUUCCAAAACUUGGAUGACCUUAUUCUGGACAACAUCUGCGAUAGAGUGAAACCGCUUUUCUUCUCCAAAGACGAAAAGAUAAUCAGAGAAGGAGAUCCAGUGCAGAGAAUGGUGUUCAUUGUGCAUGGGCAUAUAAAGAGUAGCCAAGGCCUGAGCAAAGGCAUGGUAGCUACAUGCAUGCUAGGUCCUGGGAACUUCCUUGGGGAUGAGCUACUUUCAUGGUGUCUCCGGCGCCCAUUCAUUGACCGUCUUCCCGCCUCAUCUGCAACGUUUAUCUGUGUGGAAGCAACUGAGGCAUUUGGGCUAGAUGCACAUCAUCUACGAUACAUCACCCAACAUUUCAGAUAUAAAUUUGCUAAUGACAGGCUCAAGAGGACGGCCAGAUAUUAUUCAUCAAACUGGAGAACAUGGGCAGCAGUCAACAUACAAUUUUCCUGGCGUCGAUACAAGUUGAGGGCCAGAGGACCUGCGCUUCAACCAACAGAAAAUGGAGACGCUGACCGACUUCUUCGCCAAUAUGCUGCUAUGUUCAUGGCUCUUAGACCACAUGAUCACCUCGAAUAAGCUAGGCAGGACUCAGGAGCGCUACGUACUCUUAAUUGUUUCAGUCCCCCCACCCCACCCCAGACCCCAUUCUCCAAAUAAACUAGACCACAUGACCACCUUCAAUAAGGCAGGAUCCUUCCAUUGAAAAAAUUGAUGGAAAUGGUGAUUGAUUCCUUGGACAAUUUUCUGCAUAUUGUUCACCACCUCCAAUAAAGCAAGGACCUUGAUCCUGUCUUGUUUCAGCCCCUGGUCCCCAAUAAUAUGUAUGUUUUAUGACAAUUCAAUGUUAUUGGGGUUUCAUUGAUGAAAAGGAAUUUGAGUUGUACAUUUUUAUUCAAAUCCUAAAUUCAUGGUACCAUGGAUAUAUUUUCA